AUGGCGACCUCUUACGAUUAUAUCGUGGUCGGCGGUGGCACUGCAGGCUGCGUGAUCGCGUCUAAGCUCCAUGAGAAGCUCCCAACGGCAUCGAUCCUGGUCCUCGAGGCCGGUGAGGAGACUGUCGGCCACUCGGCCACCGAAGAGCCGCUGAAAGCAAUGAUGGCACACAAGUCGGAGCUGGAUUGGAAUUUGUCGACGGUGCCGCAGACUUCCCUGGGUGAUCGAGCUGAUUAUGACCGGUGGGCGACUCUGGUUGGCGAUGCGCGCUGGAGCUACAAGCAGCUGCUUCCUUAUUUCCCGAAAACUGCGACUCGCAGUGCGACUGAACGUGGCGCGUUCAAUCCGGCCGCAAGCCCUAGCACGAUGUACACUGCUACUCCGUCACAGAGCCAUCCUGAACGCAAGUAUCCGUUGCGGGGACCGAUGCUGGCAGCGUGGAAGAACAAUGGCGUCAAGUAUAUCUCUGAUGCAAAUAGUGGGUAUCCUAUGGGGAUCUCGGAGCGGGUCGAGAAUUUCAAUCAGGGGAAACGCCAAUUCGCUCACCAGAUCUACAGUCUCAAGGGCAUAAAGAUUCUCACGCGAUCCACGGUUGCCCGCAUCAAGAUCCAAAAAGCCUCCUCUUCGCGCGGAGAUGCCGUCGCGACAGGCGUCGAAUUGAUCAGCGGAUUGAAGCUGACGGCGAAGAAAGAAGUCAUUAUAUCCGCGGGAACUUAUAACAGCCCCAAGAUCCUGAUGCUGUCGGGCAUUGGGCCCGCGAAACAUCUUAGCAAGCAUGGCAUCGAUGCCAUUGUCGACUCCCCCGAGGUCGGGCAAAACUUCCACGACCACAUGGCGGAGGCUAUGAACCAUCCCAUCUGGAAGCUUGGCUGGGCCAGCGACUGGACUGUUUCCGCGGGCAUCGACAACUCCGUCCUCCGCAAGGCCAUCGUCAAAGACGACAUUAACCUCCUCGAACCCUUCAGCCAGCUCCUCCUCAACCCGCACCUCUGCUUCACGGAGACGUUGAACUUCUACACCCCUGCCGGUACAACCGUCGCCGAAAUGGAUACCCCGAUGGACGGCUCACAUAUCUCGUCUACUAUCCUCGGUCUCUCCCCGAUCUCCCGCGGUACUAUCUCGCUCGCCUCGAGAGACCCGCUCGCACAGCCCAUUAUCGACCCAAAUUAUUAUUCCACCGAAGUAGACCGCGUGGCCAUGCGCAUCGCUAUCCGGAAGGCAAUCCAGGUGUACACCUCGGAACCCCUGACUAGCUUCAUUGAAGGCGAGAGCCCGCCGGCCGGAUUCCCGCCGUUGACCCGGUUCUCGUUGGACCGGGAGAUCGAUGAGCGGGUUCGGCGGGUGGGUAUUAGUUUUUCUCAUCCUGCGGGUAGCUGUGCGAUGGGUAUGGUGGUCGACAGCGAGUGCAGAGUGUAUGGGGUCAAGAACCUGCGGGUUGCGGACGCGAGUGUCUUGCCCACGCCUAUCGCCGCGCAUCUGCAGCAGGCUGUGUAUGCGAUUGGUGCCCGCGUGGUGGAUUUUAUGGUUGCGAGGAUAUGA